AUGCUUGUAAAACGAGGGUUUAGUUUUAUAGGGGUUAAGAGAGGCGGUAAAGUACCGGAUGUUAACAUUUUUGCCACAAAUGGACCGGAGAUAUCCCAGAGAAUAAGAAUCGCAUCUAAAAAGGGAAUCAAAAAUAUUCAAUUCUGGAACUUGGCUAAACGCAGAUUUCAAUCUCUUUAUAAAUCGUUAGAUGCCAAAAACUUAUCGCAUAUCGCAAAUGGGUUCGCCCGUGCUGAAGUAUAUGAUGAUUCUAUUUGGGAUUCUAUUGUUGCCAGGACAUAUGAAGUAUCAAAUAAGCUUGAUGAUCAAGAUAUUGCUUUACUAUGUAAUGCAAUGUGCAAGGUCAAAAAUAUCGAUAACCAAGUCUUUGCAUUUCUUUUAACUCAACUGAAAAAUUAUGAUGGCAACAUACGCUGUAAAUAUGGAUCAAUGAUCAUAUAUUCUUUGGGAAAAGUUGGUUUCAAGGAUCACGGUUCGAUUAAGAAGAUCCUAAGAUCUUUAGACUCUUCGAUAUCAAAAACUUCAUUGACUUCAAUAGCGCUUUUAAUCAACGGGAUGUACCACUUGGGACAUAUUAACCCUAGGAUUUUGAAUCUUGCAAAAGAUAGAGUUAUUCAUCUGCUGAUGGAAAAUGAGGCUUCAAACAAAGACACCAAUAUUACAAUGAGAGAUAUAGUAACUAUACAUCAGGGUGUAUCAUGCUUGAAGUUCUUCAAAAAGGAAAUUUUCGAUGUGCUCUUUUCGUACAUGGUAAAUAAUAUAACUACUCUAAUUCCCACUGAAAUGGUAAUUAUCGCAAACUCAAUGCACAAAUCAAAAAGACAUAACAAUGAUCUUGUGAAGAUAAUGUCAAACUAUAUUCUCAGAAAUACCAACAAAUUUACAGUGGAUAUGGUUACAGGGUAUAUUAAUGGGAUAUCCUUUCAUGGUACUCAAGAUGAUGGUUUGAUUAAUUUAUGA